AUGAGUGACAUUUCGGACUUCAGUGAGUCGGACUUCGACAAGCCUCCUCCUCCUCCUCCUCCAAAAGGGGGCCUGGCCCGCGGUAAGACAGGAAAGGUCCCUUUCCCCCCAACGAAGAACGCAGCAGCAGCAGCGGCAGCAAAACUAGGGCCCUCUUCUUCCGUAGAAGGAUUGGGUGCCGACCUGAAGAAGGGGGAUAAUAAGGACGGAGCCAAAGACCUGAGGAAGGCUGGCAGCAACGUAAGUGGAGAUAAGGACAAAGACAAAGGCGGCAAGACUGAGAAUGAGGGAGAAAAGAAAUCCUCAAAGCCAGUUGGGCGCCGUGCAGGCAGCGGUCCUCAGAGCCAGCCGUCUCUGGACAAAGCCACAGGCGUUUUGUCUCCGCCAGAUUUCUUCAUUUCUAAGAUAGUUCAUGACGGCCAGUGCUUUACUCCCCGCGUAGGGCACUGUGUGGUGGAAGCCAAGGGUUCAGUUUACCUAUUUGGCGGGGAAAACGAAGAGAAGACAUCAUCAGAUGAUAUGAUUAGAUUCGAUCCGAACACCAAUGACUUUGAAUUAGUAGACACUAAGGGAUCUGGCCCUGGCCCCCGACGCGGCGCGAGCUUGACUCUGUGGCGGCAGAGUCCUACAUCUGAGCCCUCUCUGUUACUAUUUGGGGGGAUGGAUGAGUCUCAGGUUGCAGUGUCUGAGUCAUGGAUGUUUGAUCUGGCUUCUAGACAGUGGAAAGAAAUGGCUUUCAAAAAUAAGCCCGACGCCAGGCACUCGCACGCUUCAGUUUAUCACCAACAGAAGGGGACCCUCCUCGUUUUUGGCGGACAAGGGGCGGAAGGAAAUGUCCUUCAAGACGCGCAUAUUCUUGAAGGAUCUUCCUGGCGCACCCUCGAGAGUGCAACUGAUACGCUUGCUCCUUGUGGCCGCUGUGGCCAUUCUGCCUCUCUCUGUGAACUGUCUAACAAAUUUGUCGUUGCCGUUUUUGGUGGGGAUAUUAGCGGCACAGGAAAGGGAGAGAACGAUUUGUGGCUCUAUGAUAUAGCCCAAGACAGCUGGGAUAUAAUAGACGAAUAUGCGGGAGAACCGCCCUGCCCUCGAUGGAAACACGCAGCGGCUUUCUUUGACAACAGGCUUUGGAUUAUUGGAGGGACGUACGCAGGAUGGUUUAGGAACUAUAUCAUGUCUGACUUCUUCGUAUUUGAUUUCCUGGCGAAAUGCUGGUUCAAGUGCGACGUGGAUCCGAAGGACUUGGGCUCUCACACGGAUGUGGGCUCGCUCACGGUGCUGCCAUCUAGCAGAGCCAUCUUUAUAUUUGGAGGGGCCGACCAGAGAGGUUGCCCCUGCGCCGAUGUGUAUCGAUUGGCCCCCGUCUGCACGACAAUUUCCUUGUCGGGCUUACGGCAGGACAUGCAGCGCACUGUUGCUGAAGUUAAGCAGAUGAGACUCGAAAUGGACAAGACCCUGCAGGAAACGGGCGAACUAAAGGAAACAGUGACACAGAUAGCGUCCCAGACGGAGGCAGCUGAGGCGAAGCUGCAAGGCGUGGCGGACACAGCUUCGAGCGCUAGCCAGCAAAUGGCUGACCUAGUCAAGGCCCAGCAGCAGCUGCAAGCCAGCCUCAAACGCAUAGAAGAAUCUGUUGCGCAAGCAGAGGCGUCAGUCAAGUCGUUCAGUAACAUAGAAAAGAGGUUUGGCGUUAUGGAGGUCACAGUACAAGAGGUUCUCGCCAAACUGGAACAAAAAGCAGAUAUUAGUAGCCUAAGGGCGAUCGCGGCUAAAGUGGGAACCGCAUCAGAUGAUGAGGAGGCAUAG